AUGAGAGAGGAAGUUCUUAAAGAAGUACUCAAGCUACUGUCGCUGGGUAUCAUAUAUUCCAUUCCAGACAGCAAGUGGGUAAGCCCAGUCCAUAUGGUACCUAAGAAGUCAGGCAUCCAAGUGGUUACGAAUGAGAACAAUGAAUUGGUGCCCACAAGAUUAGUGACCGGGUGGCGGAUGUGCAUAGACUACCGGAAACUAAAUGAGGCUACGCGGAAGGACCAUUUUCCGUUACCAUUCAUAGAUCAAAUGUUGGAAAGAUUGGCAGACCUAUUGGAGGAAUGUAUCGAGAUUUUUAUGGAUGACUUCACGGUCUACGGGAAUUCUUUAGAAGCUUGCCUAGACAAUUUGGAUCUAGUAUUACAGAGAUGCAGAGAGAAAAAUCUAGUGCUGAAUUUCGAAAAGUGCCACUUCAUGGAAUCAGAAGGAAUAAGGGGAUUUUUGAGUCAUGCUGGAUUCUACCGGAGGUUCAUCAAGGACUUUGAUGAGGCAUGUCAAGGGGCCUACCAAGUUCUGAAGGAAAGACUUGUAUUAGCCCCUAUCAUUAGAGCUUCAGAUUGGAAUUACCCUUUCGAGGUAUUCGUGUUUACCGAUCAUGCAACGUUAAAGUAUCUACUGACAAAGAAAGAAUCUAAGCCACGAUUGAUCCGAUGGGUGUUGCUACUCCAAGAGUUUGAUUGGGAAGAUAAGGACAAGAAAGGCACUGAGAACAAGGUAGCUGAUCAUCUUAGCAGAAUUUUCCAAGGAGAAACUGAAGAGGCUAUACCAGACGCGUUCCCAGAGGAACAUCUAUACUACACAGGGGGAACCUCAAGCCUCAUUUGUUGGGAUAAGGUAAUGGUCGCGACUGGAGCUGGAGUUUCUGACAAAGGAAAGUACUCGUUGAAUGUGGAACCAUGGUUUGCUGACCUAGCAAACUACUUAGUCACGGGGGAAUUGCCCAGUACUCCAGAUAUUUCACGGGCCCAGAGGAUGAAAAUCAGAAGUGAGGCCAAGUAUUAUUUCUGGGAUGAUUCGUAUCUAUGGAGAAUGGGGUCCGACCAAGUAAUCAGGAGAUGCAUCCCGGAAUGGGAGCAUAGAGACGUACUAGACCACUGCCAUGCAUUGGCGUGCGGUGGGCAUUUUGGUCCAAGGAAGACUGCUCGGAAGGUUUUAGACAGUGGUUUCUAUUGGCCGACAUUGAACAAGGAUGCUUAUGACUACUGCUAG